GCCGUUAUUAAGAGAUACGUUAAAAAGUUAGUGUAAUUUGUUCAUCCAUCACAUUUACAUGCAAUCUUCUACAAUAUUCUAUAAAAAAUAAAUUAUUGGUGAUAAUUAGAUCAAAUAUUUAUAUAAGAAUUAUAUAUAUAUAAGAAUUUAUAAAAAAUAUUUUUUAGAGUGUUUAUAAAAUUAUUUACAUUAUACAACAGCAUUUUCAUAGUAGUAAUAAUCAUUUAUUUUUGAUUUGAAAAAUUUUCAUUCAAGUGUGUAAUUUAUAAUUUUUAUAAUUUUUCGAAUAUGGUUAUAACACAAUUGUUCUUGUUGUAAAACUAAUGAUUAGAAUGAUUGAAAGUGCAACCUCGUAGAAAAACAUUAGAGUGCAAUAUACAUACGAAUAUAACGUGAAUAAAUAUAUAUAUAAAUAAAUAGAAUAAUAUUGACUGUUAUUCAUCACAGUUUUGAAAAAUUUUGGAAUCAAUUCUUUAAAAAUACUGAAUGUUUAAUUGUAAUUUAAGAGUUUUUUAUUUUGUUUUUAAAUAUUUACGAAACACAUUGAAAUAAAUUAAUAUAGAUAAGAAAAAAUAAAGAUAAAAGAAUAUAGUGAAUUCAAUUAAAAAUUGAAAUAAAUUAAUUCACAAUUUAAUAAAUUAAAUUAAAUAAAUUAAUUUAUAAUUUAUAGUGAUCACAAGAUUUAAUUCAUCUAUCUGAAUAUGAUUAACAUUUGUUUCUGUCUUCUUCUAGUCUUUUUUAUUUGUUUCUCAGCAGAUACUAUGAAUAUGACUGAUUUCACUGAAAAUGUUUUUUUGCGUUUGUAUAACAGGAAUGGCUCUUAUAUUGAUAAAAAUAUAAGGAAUGCUAAUCAAUUGUUACCUUACAUACAAAAGGAUAAUAAUUUAAUAUUCUAUUUAACUGGUUAUACAUAUAACAUCGAUUCUGACAACGUGAAAAUGAUAACGAAUGCAUAUUUAUAUAAUACGCAAGAUAAUAUUUUAGCACUUGAUUAUCGGGAUAUUACAAAUCAAACUUAUCUACUUUCCGUAAUAAUAAUAAAUCACCUGAGCACAUUUAUAGCCAAUGUUCUGAACAAUUUAGUGAAUAAUGGCGUGAACCCAGAAAAGAUACAUUUAAUUGGACAUUCAUUAGGUGCACAACUUGCAGCGAGAAUUGGUCGUAAAACGAACUUCAAAAUUCCCAGGAUAACAGCUUUAGAUCCUGCUGGUCCUUUAUAUUAUAUUUUCGAUUCUCAUAUAACUUCCUCCGAUGCUAAAUUUGUGGAUGUAAUACACACUGAUAUGGGUUUUUAUGGAUUGGGUGUAAAAGUUGGUCAUGUAGAUUUCUUUCCUAAUUAUGGUCAUAGACCGCAACCAGGUUGUAAAAUAAUCGGCCCAAUACUAUCGACAUUGUUCACAGAUGCUGCGAAUAAUUUAAGAAUAUUAAUUAAAAAUGUUUUUUUGCGUUUAUAUAACAGAAAUGGCUUUUAUAUUGAUAAAAAUUUAAAAAAUGUUAACCAAUUGUUAUCUCACGUACAAAAGAACAAUAGUAUAGUGUUUUAUAUAACUGGUUAUUGGUGUGAUAUUAAUUCUGAUGACGUGAAACUAAUAACUAAUGCAUAUUUAAAUAAUACGCAAGAUAAUAUCCUAGCACUUGAUUAUCGGGACAUUACAUAUCAGGCUUAUAUAAUUUCUACGAUAGCAAUUAAUAUACUUGGCGAACUUAUGGCCAAUGCUUUGAACAGUAUAGUAGACAGAGGCGUGAAUCCAGAAAAGAUACAUAUAAUUGGACAUUCAUUAGGUGCACAUCUUGCAGCAAAAAUUAGUCGUAAAACGAAAUUCAAAAUUCCCAGGAUAACAGCUUUAGAUCCUGCUGGUCCUUUGUUCUACAUUUUUAAUGCUCAUUUGACGAAUUCUGAUGCUAAAUUUGUAGACGUUAUACACACUGAUAUAGGUAUUUUGGGACUCGCUAAAGAAAUUGGUCAUGUAGAUUUUUAUGUUAAUUAUGGUGUCAGACCUCAGCCAGGCUGUACGUCAACCAAUCUGAUAUUGUUUUUCACAGAUAUUUGUAGUCACAAUAGAUCUGUCGAGUUUUAUGCAGAAUCAAUUAGAGAUAAUAAUGCCUUCAUAGGCAAAUGCAGAAAUCAUUGUAACAAUGUAUUUGUUCCAAUGGGAUACGCUACACCUAGCAAUGUAAAAGGUAAUUAUGAUGUUUUCACAAAUGCAUAUUCUCCCUAUGGUCGAGGCUACGAUGGGACUCAUAUCAUAAUCAAUGAUGUGUAAUUGUAUCUAUUUAUGUAUAAAUUGAUUAUAUUUAUUAUAGAUAUAUAGAUACAUAAAAAUAUUAUAUAAUAAUGUAUAUAUAUUGGAAAUUCAUUAUAAUAUAUAUUAAUUUUAUAUAUAUUGUUUGUACAUGCAAGUGAAGUGAAUUUAAUUUUAUAAAGAAUUCUGAGUAUAAAAGGAAUAACGAAAGCAAUAUGCAAAUUUUUUUCGCGAA